AUGGCGCCUGCCCAGUCCAAGCUUGCGCGAACGACCUCGAGCUUGCCCGGUGGAUCGGCCUCACUGGCCGUUCCUUUACUCGUUGCACUCUACUAUCUCCGGAAACGCAUCACCGAUGCGGCGAUCAAGGCAAACCUGCGUAAGCCACCGGGAAUUUUCAGCUGUGUGGUUGUGCAGCACGGUAGCUGACCACUCUUGGUCUCCGCCUCCUCACCGCCUCCUCAACCCACUUGUCUGAUCCCCGAUCCCGUCUUAUGCCUCUAGGAGGAGCGCCUCUGACAACACCACAGCUGGAAAUGGCCCAGCGUGACCUUUAUAAGCCGUGAGUCGGAUUUUAUGACGUGUUGACAGAGCUAUGUGGAGGACUAAGAGGCUCAUCAUACCACUGAAUGUCGGCCUCCACACAGACUUUCGGGGGGCGCACGCGAGCUGCUCGUGCCUGCGAGAGGCCGCGUCUCCAAAGUUCUCAUCCGACCGACGAAGCAAUCGACUUUCGAGGCCCACCGACCAUUCUUUCGGGCACCCAAGAACACGCCUGCUGCGAGCACGACUUCGGCGGGUACUCGAGCGCAAACGGCCCGCGUCGGGGUCAACAAGGAAUUUUUCCGCCAGCUUUCGGCCAUCUUCAAGAUCAUCUUCCCCCGCUUGACGAGCAAGGAGAUCUUCCUCGUCGCGACACAUACCAGUUUCUUGCUGCUACGGACAUAUCUCUCGCUGCUGGUCGCCAAGCUGGAUGGACGACUGGUCGGUGACCUCGUCUCGGCGAAUGGGAAGGGGUUCAUCCGAGGCCUCGGGCUGUGGUUCGCUUUGGCUGUCCCCAGCGUGUAUACGAACUCGAUGAUCCGCUACCUCCAGCAGAAGCUGUCCAUCUCUUUCCGGACGCGUCUCACACGCUACGUGCACGAUCUCUACCUGUCGCCGAAGAGCACCUUCUACAGCAUCGUCAACCUCGACGGGCGAAUUGAAGGCGCCGAUCAGUUUGUUACGACUGACAUCGCGCGGUUCUGUGACACAUUGUCCGCGCUUUAGUGAGUUUCCAGCUCUCUUUGAUUCCCGAUACUGCACCCUGCUGACCGAUGACGUUGCUCGACACUCAGCUCCAACAUCUCUAAGCCCACGCUGGAUCUGAUCUUAUUCAACAUCCAGCUUGGUCGAUCAAUCGGAGCCAAGGGUUCCGGUGGUCUAUUAGUGUCGUACGUGUUGACGGCAUGGAUCUUGCGCAAGGUCACACCAGCGUUCGGGAAGCUCGCCGCCAUCGAAGCCAAGCUCGAAGGUGAUUUUCGCAAUGCUCACUCGCGACUCAUCAUCAACGCCGAAGAGAUCGCCUUCUACGACGGUGCGAGCAUCGAAAAGGACAUUCUCAACCGCGCUUACUUGCGUCUGAUCAAGCACGUCAACUCGAUCUUCAAGAUCCGCAUAUUGUACGGCAUGAUCGAGGACUUUAUCGUCAAGUACAUGUGGUCAGCUUGUGGCUACUGUCUCAUCUCGAUCCCUGUCUUCUUCGCACCCAAGCACCCGGGCGCCAAGAACUCAGUCGAGACCGCCGAAACGGACGGGAGGAAGGUGGCACAGCGAACUGAAAGCUAUAUUUCGAACCGACGGUUGCUGCUCUCGCUUGCGGACGCGGGCGGACGACUCAUGUACAGUUGGAAGGACCUGUCUGAGCUGGCUGGCUCGACCUCGCGUGUCUACAGCUUGCUCUCGACAUUGCACGAUCUCGAUGCAAAGCGCUACCAGUCCGUCCCUCGACCGGUCGACCUUGCCGCUUGCAAACCCUUCUACGAUCUCGGCAGUGUGACGGGCAAGCUCAUGCUUGAGCCUCGAUCGACGGCGCUCAACGAGCCUGUCGCUGUGUCGUUCGACGGUGUGCCCAUCGUCGCUCCCGCCCCUGGUAUGGCUCGAGGCGGAGAGGAGCUGAUCAAGAAGCUCAACGUCAAGAUUCACCAAGGCGAGCAUCUGUUGAUCACCGGACCCAACGGAUCCGGAAAGACCUCGAUCGCUCGUGUGCUGGCCGGUCUGUGGCCCGCCUUCGAAGGCGUCGUAACCCGCCCCGAGGACGAGGACAUCUUCUUCCUCCCUCAGCGACCUUACCUCAGUGCUGGUAGUCUGCGCGACCAGAUCAUCUACCCCCACUCGUACCCUGACUUCGUCGCGUCUGGACGCAGCGAGGCGGAUUUGCUCGACAUCCUUAAGCACGUGCAUUUGGCGUACUUGCCCGCUCGUGAAGGUGGACUUGACACACGUAAGGAGUGGAAAGAUGUUCUGUCCGGUGGUGAGAAACAACGCGUGAGUCCUACUUCUUUUUGGUGCCGAUGCUUGGUAGAUGAGGAGUGCUGACGAGUUCCAUACUUGGAGCUUUCAGAUGGGUAUCGCUCGAUUAUUUUAUCACUUGCCCAAGUAUGGUGUUCUGGACGAAUGCACCUCGGCCGUCUCGACCGAUGUCGAAGGGAUGAUGUAUCAACACGCCAAGGACCUCGGCAUCACCCUCAUCACCAUCUCGCAUCGACCCUCGCUCUUCAAAUACCACCACCAUCUCUUGCGUCUCACGGGAACCGAUGGGGAAUGGGAGACGACGCAGAUUGGUACGGCGGCUGAGACGUUGACGUUCCAGAAGGAGAUUGAUUCUCUAACCGAGAAGCUUAGCGAUGUGGAUACGUGGAAGGCGCGAAUCAAGGAGAUUGAGAAAGAGCUCGCUUUCACUACCACAUGA